GUCAGUACUUGUUCUUUGUAUUCAUUUUCAUAAACUCUUAUCAUUAUCAAUAUACAUAUAAUCAUUUGUUUUUAUAUUAUUAAUUAAAUUUUACUUAACUCUUUAAGUAAAUCCGUUGGACUUGUUAUCUAGCUGUAAAGUAAACAUGUUCACUGUUUGUGUAUAAAGAGACACAGUUUUAUUUCUAUUAUGGCUUUCGUAUAUCAAGGGGACCAGGAUUUAGAAUCCAAAGCUAAAAAAGCUGCCGAACGAAUAUCGGAAAACAUGCACAUAGUAGCAAAUGAGCCCUCGUUGGCGCUGUACAGGCUGCAAGAACACGUUCGAAAAGCGUUACCGCCGAUGGUGGAGAGGAGAGUCGAGGUCACCAAACUGCAGCACGAACUACAGGGCCGUUGUUACGAUGUAGAAUAUGCUCUAAGUGCUGUGAAAUCUAUGGAUGGUGCUGCGACCAGUUUCAAGAAUAUACAAGAAAUGUUAAAACAAUCUAUAUUUUUAAAACAACAAUUAAAAUAUGAGGAAGCAAGGAGAAAUAAAAAAGAUUCAAAUUCUGUUUACAAACGUCUCUCUGCUCAUAUAGUGUUAGACCUUCCAGAUUUAUCUGAAUUCUCUAUGGUAAGGGAGACAACAAAUAGAAUAGAGAACAUGAUGGCUCAUGCCCGGGGCUCUACUGCAGAGUUGCAUAGGUCACACACAACAUUGCAUUAGGGGGAAAAAGCCUAAUAUCAAAUGGAGAUUGCAAUAUUAACAUUACCUUUUUUUAAAAAGAAUAUAUAAUUUUUUAUAACACAUGUUGUGUUCUAUGCAUUAAAAACGCAUUUAAAAAAAAAGUUAAAAACCAGUACAGACCUCAGUUUAGCAUCUUUUAAGAAGACUAAUUUCAUAUAAUAAUUUUUAUGUAAUUAUUAAUAAAAAAGUAUUAAUAAUGUAAUCUCCACUUGAAUAAGAGUAUAAACAGCUUUUGUAGUGACAUAUGAUAGUUCACAAUAUCCACUUCUAUAAUGUAGUAAUGGGACAUUUCACUGGGAGUAUUGUCAAGUACAGUUUAGAUUACUGCCCUGUUACGGAUAAUUAGAAAUUUAAAUGUUUAUUCUCCAAAUACUAGCCUGUAUGCAGUUUAAGUUUUAAUAUUUAUUGGUAGGUGUCAAAGUGAUGUAUAUAAAGGAUCUCCAACUAUAGGUAGUAUAAAGUAUUAAUUAUCUAAUUAUCUAGUCAAAAUUUAGAUAAUAUAGUAAUAUAUCUAGUCAAGACAUACAGUAAUUUAAAUAGAAAUUUUUUAGUUUACGAAAAGUGACAUAAUAAUAUUAUGUAAUAUUACAAUAGGUCUUUUGCUCGACGCACGUCAUAGAUUGAGUAUCAUGACUGUAUAGGGACAGAGUAUUAGGUUAUAUGUAUCCAUUGUGUGGUCCUAGCAUAGAAGGGGCCACCCCUUACUUUUCCAUACGUGUUGUUAUAGGCAAAUAAGGAAACUGAAUGGUCGAGGGAUGGAUAACAGCGUCCCUUUUAAAACAUCACCAAAGUUUAACGCGGUUGCCAAUCUGCUUGCCAAGCAUGAUAACUACUAAAUCCUCUCUCCCCUCCCUAAUGGCAAAUACUAACAAAAAAUGGUCCACGGACCUUUGGCUCGAGAUUGUUCCUUAUGGUAAUCUAUGGGAGAGGUGUUUGUUCAGCAAUGAUCAGGUAACGCCUGAUAUGAUGGUGUUGAUGAUGAACAUAAUAGCACCACUUUGAAAUAUUUAAUAGUUUUACAAAAGCUUGUAAUGUGAAGAUAUUUCAGUCACAUGAGUGAAAUGUUUUAUUUUUAGUAAUUUAAUGCUAAAAUUACACAUUAAAUAUUUUUUCCUAUUCAUUGAAAAACUCAGGACAAAUUACAAAGGGCUUAAUAAAGUUCAGAAAGAUCUAGAUUGAUUGCAACCAUAGUCAUAAAAGCAUCAAAAAUAGUAGAGGUGUACAUGCAAUUGCGUGAUAUAUUAUUUCUUAUUGAUCUUUAAAAGUGGUUUAUUUCGUGAUAUGUGUUCAUAAAUACACAAAAAUAUUUUGUGUUAUAAAUUUAUUUUCACCCAAAAUUCUUAACAGGUUAAGUAAAUAACCGAGUGCCAACGAUUAUUCUAUUCAUAUGCAUCUAAAUUUGUAGUGGCAGUUUUAAAAAAAAAUAUGUACAUUUAUCAAGUUUGAACAUAAGUUAGAACAUGCAAAUAAUAUAUAGAAAAUAUUAUUGCAGAAGAUUAAAAUGGCGUCUCCGUACACACUUAUACAUUUUGUUCCCAAAAAAUUGUGGCGCCAAAAUCGUACGGUAUAUGGUUAUAUAGUAUUUAUGUUGUUUUGAGGAAAUAUGAGUAGGAAGGCAAGUUUUGACCAUUGUUAUGGUAACAAAUCGGUUAUUUUGUAUAUAAUGCCUAUAUAAUUGCAUACUAAUACUCAAUUCAAAUUCUUAUGCAUGAUACAAGCAUAUACAUGGUUUGCUUUCUAUCAACACAUUGACGUACAUGUUUAGCAUCGUAACCAUCUAAGCAAUUUUGUGAUUAAUAGAUUUCUACAAAUUUAAGCUUUUUUUCUAAACAAAGCGUUUUUCUUUAUGAAAAAAAAAAUAUUACCACUUUAUUUAAUAAUUUUAUUUUUGAAGCUGGUAAUAACGCAUUGUUUUAAUCCUAAACAAGAACUUCGCUCACUGUAAUUAAUUUGUAAUAUUUUGGAUAGUUCUGAAAAUUUCUCUCUAUACGACCGAGAAUUGCAAUUUUAUCUUUACAAUGUGACAUUAAGCAGUGUUCUUUAACUUUAAAAAUAGUCCGCUUAAUGCUUAGUUUUGGCUACUUUUGUUAUUUCUUUAUUUUAUAUAUUACAAAUUCUAAAUUCAAUAUGGCCUUAUUAGCUGAUGUUUAACACCAAUUAAUUACAUUCUUAUAUUAGUACUGUUAUAUGUGACGACCUUUAAAACAUUUUGGCUUCAUUUUAUUUAAAUAUAAAACAUUAAAGAGAGGCAUGUGAGAAGGCAAAAAUUGGCAUGUCGACUCCAAAUGAUUGAAAAAUGUUUGGAAGAUGAAUAAUCUAUAAGCCUAUUUUGGAAAGCAUUAAUAAUAAUAAUUUUGACGGUGGUGUAACCCGGGAUUCUGAAGGUCUACCAUGAAAUGAAAUUCCUAAUUGUCGGUCUCAAUUUCGUGUUUUUAUUCAUAUCGAAAUCGGAGCUUAACGUUUCGUUCGGGCUUAAUCUUAUAAAAUUUCAAAGGAAGGAUGUAUUAAUAUUUUUAAAUAGUGUUUAUUAUGUUAUUUAACAUCAAACUUAUGUUUCGUUCAGCCCCGAAACUUCAGAAAACACUUCUUGGUAGGCCCUCUGGGGUCCUAUUGUGUAUCGUGAUUCGCGGAUAUUUCAUCGCUUGCCAUUUGCAGACGAGAGCCUGUAUUCGCCAUACUUUUUUGUCUCCACUUUGAUUUGUUUUUCGUAUGCGCAGACGCUUACGGUGAUUUGGACUUAUGUUGCACUGGGUCUCAUUUUGUGGAAACUGGAUAACUUACUAGUCUUUUUCAAUAGAAUUUAUUGUAAAUAUAAACAGAUAAAUAGUUAUUCUUAUUAUUAUCAAUUUUGUACAAAUCAAAGAACGAUUAAUUGAACGUUUCGAUUUGUUUCUAACUUCAUUUAGAGACUUGAAAGAGAAAAUUUUGUUGCCCUUUCUUUAAAUUCUAUUGAAACAUACUAUACCUGCUUUGUUAAAUAAUAAAUACUAAUAAACUAGUAUAUGUAUUGUACAAUAAUUAAACACAAAUAACAAAA